AUGGAGCCAUGGGAAGAACUUGAUAUUGAUGAAAGUGAUCUUGAUAGUUUUAUUCGCCGUUGCAAUUCUAAUGACACUGUCAUCGCGGGCCCUGCUGGUGUCAUUGAGGCAGCUAUGCUUAACCGACAAGUGAAUGAAAACAUUCCAACACAAGAAUUUUUGAGUGACAUAGCUAAAGCUAGUUUUGAUCGUGACUUCACUUCCAAUCCUUGGAAGAUUAUCGAAAUAGUAAUUUCAUUUGCAGGAUUGUUGAUUAAACAUGAGGUUGAGCAUAUCUCAACCCUUGAUUCAUUGAGAGGAACUUCUAAGUUAUCUUUGUUGCGAUGUAUUGUUAAAGCUUGUGAACUUAACGGAUUGGUUGACAUGAAAAUAACAAUUCGGGAUCCAAUAGGGACUGUAAAAGCAAGUGUUCACCACAAGGCCAUUGAUCAUCCUGAAAUAGGUGUACACUUAAAAGUUGGAAGUGUGAUAAUCCUACAAGAUGUUUCAAUUUUUUCACCAAUACGUGAAACAUACUAUCUUAACAUAACUCUGAGGAAUAUUGUCAAGGUUUUUGGAAGUGAUAUUGGGGGCCCAACUGAUGACCUAGUACGUCUAUCAAUACCAAUUGAUACCAACAAGCCUCCAACACGCUCCGUUGAUGACAUUCUAUCGACAUUGAUUCCACCUCUUCACAAACCUGAAGGCACUGGAUGAAAGAAGAACAAUAUAAAUGCAACAACUUUAAAACUUUCAUAAUUUCCUUGCCUGUAUUUCAGAUUUAUCGUUGUUGUUUGUUGUCGAAUAUUGU